GCUUCAAAAAUCAUUACCAUUAAUACCAUCGUACAAUACAAACAUGUACUCCAAGGUCAUAGUCUUCCUGUGCGCCGCGGGCAUCGCCUCCGCCGGCAACCUCCUACACGCAGCCCCUGUGACAUACGCGGCUGCCCCCGCAGUCGCUACAUACGCCGCUGCGCCCGUCGUCGCCAAGACAAUCGCCCCUGCUGUCUCUUACCAGUCGAUCUCUACUCAUUCUGCACCUGUGGCCUACGCUGCGGCCGCGCCUGCUGUUCAGUACUCUGCAGCCCCAGUUGUUGCCAAGACUCUCGCUCCUGCUGUCUCCUACCAGUCGAUCUCUACUCACUCUGCACCAGUAGCGUACGCUGCGGCUGCCCCUGCUAUCCAGUACUCCGCGGCUCCAGUAGUCGCCAAGACUCUUGCUCCUGCUGUCUCAUACCAGUCAAUCUCCACUCACUCGGCACCUGUAGCCUAUGCUGCGGCUCCAGUGGUUGCUAAAACUUAUGCUGCUCCCGCAGUGACUACUUAUGCCGCAGCUCCAGUUGUAACAAAAGCUGUUGCUCCAGCGGUCUCUUACCAAUCCAUCUCUACUCACUCUGCUCCUGUGGCCUACGCCAAGACCUACGCUGCCCCAGCAGUAGCGACUUACGCCGCUGCUCCUUUAGUCACUAAGACCGUCGCUCCCGCUGUGACUUAUGCCGCUGCCGCACCCGCUAUAUCUUACUCGGCUGCCCCGGUACUCAAAUCCGCGGUUACAUACUCUGCCGCCCCCGCCGUCUCUCACGUUUCCUACAGCACACUUGGCGCUAGCUACGGCUGGCGUAAGAAAAGAUUAUUGAAAUAUCAUAAACACGAUCGACAAACAACAAGCAUGUACACCAAGGUCGUAGUCUUCCUCUGCGCGGCAAGCAUUGCUUCCGCUGGCAACCUGAUCCAGACAGCUCCCAUAUCAUACGCGACCGCUCCUGCCACAUACGCCGCUGCACCCGUCAUCACCAAAACCAUCGCUCCAGCUGUCUCAUACCAAUCUUUUACUAGACAAUCUACUCCUAUAGCCUAUGCGGCAGCACCCGCCAUCCAAUAUGCCGCUGCUCCCGUGGUAGCUAAGACUUUAGCUCCCGCUGUCUCGUACCAAUCUAUCUCUGCUCCAGUAGCCUACGCUGCUCCAGCCCCCGUCGUACAAAGUUAUGCGGCGCCUGUUGUUGCCAAGGCGGUAGCACCUGCUGUAUCUUACCAGUCGAUUUCCACUCACUCUUCACCUAUAACGUACGCCGCCGCAGCUCCCGUGGUCGCUAAGACAUACGCUGCCCCUGCAGUUGCGACCUACGCCGCAGCUCCUCUAGUCGCUAAGACAUAUGCUGCCCCUGCAGUUGCAACCUACGCCGCAGCUCCCGUGAUCGCUAAGUCAUACGCAGCCCCCGCAGUUGCGACUUACGCCGCCGCUCCCCUAGUUACUAAGACCGUCGCUCCCGCUGUAACUUACGCUGCUGCCGCACCCGCUAUCUCUUACGCGGCUGCCCCUGUACUAAAAUCCGCAGUCACAUACUCAGCUGCUCCCGCUGUAUCUCACGUAUCAUACUCUGGAAUAGGAGCUAGCUACGGCUGUAUUAUGAAAGUGAAAUGUAGAGUACAGCCGGUAAUGCAGUAUAAAAACCAGGGCGUUACUUGUCGAAAUUAUUCAGUUGCCAACUUCAAUAGCAUCAACAUGUACGCCAAGCUGAUCGUUGCUCUGUGCGCUGUGGGCCUCGCCCGUGCUGGUGGUCUCCUGGGAGCUGCCCCUCUCGCAUACUCUAGCCAAACCAUCGCCGCCCCCGCUGUCGCUACUUAUGCAGCUGCCCCUAUCGUCACUAAGACCAUCGCUCCCGCUGUAUCGUCGGUCUCUUCUUACUCUACCCAAACUACUCAUGGCUCUCCCAUCGCGACCUACGCUGCCGCCCCCGUGGUAGCUAAGACGUACGCCGCCCCCGCCAUAGCCGCCGUCGCUGCCCCCGCCGUCGCUGCGUAUUCUGCACCAGCCAUCGCUGCUCCUGCCGUCGCAGCGUACUCUGCUCCCAUUCUGACCAAGACCAUCGCCCCCGCUGUCUCCUCAGUCUCUUCCUACUCCUCCCAGACUUCUCACGGUUCUCCCAUUACGACCUACGCCGCCGCCCCUGUAGCCUCUUACGCCGCUGCCCCCGUGGUCGCUAAGACCAUUUCCACCUAUGCCGCACCCGCCGUAGCCACCUACGCCGCCGCCCCCGUGGCCUCUUACGCCGCCGCCCCUGUGGCCUCUUACGCCGCUGCCCCCGUGGUCGCUAAAACCAUUUCCACAUAUGCCGCUCCCGCUGUUUCACAAAUCGCGUACAGCAGCAGUGGUGCCAACUAUGGUUGGUAAAUUGAAUCUCAUGUAAAUAGACUAAUUUAAAAAAUAAA